AUGAACACAGAAAGAGACUCAGAAACAACAUUUGAUGAGGAUUCUCAGCCCAAUGAUGAAGUGGUUCCCUACAGUGAUGAUGAAACUGAAGAUGAACUUGAAGAUCAGGGGCCCGCACUUGAACCCGAACAGAAUCGAAUCAACAGAGAAGCAGAGGACAAGCGGGAGACACUCCGGAAAGAUUGCACGUGGCAAGUCAAAGCAAAUGAUCGAAAGUUCCAUGAACAACCUCAUUUUAUGAAUACAAAGUUCUUUUGUAUUAAGGAAAGCAAAUAUGCGAAUAAUGCAAUUAAAACAUACAAGUACAACGGAUUUACCUUUCUACCCAUGAAUUUGUUUGAACAAUUUAAGCGAGCAGCCAAUUUCUAUUUCCUGAUCCUUCUUAUCUUGCAGGCAAUUCCUCAAAUCUCCACCUUGGCAUGGUAUACCACACUUGUACCCCUACUUCUGGUGCUAGGCAUCACAGCAAUCAAAGACCUGGUAGAUGAUGUGGCUCGCCAUAAAAUGGACAAAGAAAUCAACAAUAGGACGUGUGAAGUCAUUAAGGAUGGCAGGUUCAAAAUCAUCAAGUGGAAAGAUAUCCAAGUUGGAGAUGUCAUCCGUCUGAAGAAGAAUGAUUUUAUUCCUGCUGACAUUCUGCUGCUGUCCAGCUCAGAGCCUAACAGUCUCUGCUAUGUAGAAACAGCUGAGCUUGAUGGUGAAACCAAUUUGAAGUUCAAAAUGGCCCUUGAAAUCACAGACCAGUAUCUCCAAACUGAAGAUAACUUGGCGACUUUCGAUGGUUUCAUUGAAUGUGAAGAACCAAACAACCGACUAGACAAGUUCACAGGAACCCUGUUUUGGAGAAAACGGAGUUUUCCUUUGGAUGCUGAUAAAAUCCUGUUACGUGGCUGUGUGAUCAGGAACACUGAUGUCUGCCAUGGCUUGGUCAUUUUUGCAGGUGCUGACACUAAGAUAAUGAAGAAUAGUGGGAAAACCAGGUUUAAAAGAACGAAAAUUGAUUACUUGAUGAACUACAUGGUGUACACGAUUUUUAUUGUACUCAUCCUGGUUUCUGCUGGUCUUGCCAUUGGUCACGCUUAUUGGGAAGCACAAGUUGGCAAUUAUUCCUGGUACCUCUAUGAUGGAGAAAAUGCUACUCCUUCCUACCAGGGCUUCCUGAAUUUCUGGGGCUACAUCAUUGUGCUGAACACCAUGGUGCCCAUCUCUCUCUAUGUCAGUGUGGAAGUUAUCCGUUUAGGACAGAGUCAUUUCAUCAACUGGGACCUGCAGAUGUACUACGCUGAGAAGGACACACCUGCAAAGGCAAGGACUACCACACUGAAUGAGCAGCUAGGACAGAUUCAUUAUAUCUUCUCUGAUAAGACGGGGACGCUCACACAAAAUAUCAUGACCUUCAAAAAGUGCUGCAUUAACGGGCAAAUCUAUGGAGACCAUCGGGAUGCUUCUCAACACAGCCAUAGCAAAAUAGAGAUGGUGGAUUUUAGCUGGAAUACAUUUGCUGAUGGAAAGUUUGCAUUUUAUGACCAUUAUCUUAUUGAGCAAAUCCAGUCAGGAAAAGAGCCAGAAGUUCGGCAGUUCUUCUUCUUGCUUUCCAUUUGCCAUACAGUCAUGGUGGACAGAAUUGAUGGGCAGAUCAACUACCAGGCAGCCUCUCCUGAUGAAGGUGCCCUGGUAAAUGCCGCCAGGAACUUCGGCUUUGCCUUCCUUGCCAGGACACAGAAUACGAUCACUGUCAGUGAACUGGGCACGGAAAGGACCUAUAGUGUGCUAGCCAUUUUGGACUUCAACAGUGACCGGAAGCGGAUGUCUAUCAUCGUGAGAACCCCAGAAGGUAGUAUUAGGCUGUACUGUAAAGGCGCUGACACUGUCAUUUAUGAACGGCUCCAUCAGAUGAAUCCUAUAAAGCAAGAAACACAGGAUGCCCUGGAUAUCUUUGCUAGUGAAACUCUCAGAACCCUGUGCCUAUGCUACAAGGAAAUUGAAGAAAAAGAAUUUGCAGACUGGAAUAAGAAGUCUAUGGCAGCCAGCGUGGCCUCAACCAACCGGGAUGAAGCUUUGGAUAAAGUGUAUGAAGAGAUUGAGAAGGACUUGAUUCUCUUGGGAGCUACUGCUAUUGAAGACAAGCUACAGGACGGAGUUCCAGAAACCAUCUCAAAACUUGCAAAAGCUGACAUUAAGAUCUGGGUACUUACAGGAGACAAAAAGGAAACUGCGGAAAACAUAGGUUUUGCCUGUGAGCUUCUGACAGAAGACACUACUAUCUGCUAUGGGGAGGACAUAAACUCCCUUCUUCACACAAGGAUGGAGAAUCAGAGAAACCGAGGUGGAGUCACUUCCAAGUUUGUCCCCCCUGUGUAUGAACCUUUUUUUCCACCUGGAGAAAACCGCGCCUUAAUCAUCACUGGCUCUUGGUUGAAUGAGAUCCUUCUAGAGAAAAAGUCCAAGAGAAGUAAGAUCCUAAAGUUGAAGUUCCCAAGGACAGAGGAAGAGCGCCGGAUGCGGACCCAGAGUAGGAGAAGGCUGGAAGAGAAGAAAGAGCAGCGGCAGAAGAACUUUGUGGACCUGGCCUGUGAGUGCAAUGCUGUCAUCUGCUGCCGUGUCACCCCCAAGCAGAAGGCCAUGGUGGUAGAUCUGGUGAAGAGGUACAAGAAGGCCAUCACACUGGCCAUUGGAGACGGAGCCAAUGAUGUGAACAUGAUCAAAACUGCCCACAUUGGUGUUGGAAUAAGUGGACAAGAAGGAAUGCAAGCUGUCAUGUCCAGUGACUAUUCUUUUGCUCAGUUCAGAUAUCUGCAGAGGUUGCUGCUGGUCCAUGGCCGGUGGUCUUACAUAAGGAUGUGCAAGUUCCUACGAUACUUCUUUUACAAGAACUUUGCGUUUACUUUAGUGCAUUUUUGGUACUCCUUCUUCAAUGGCUACUCGGCACAGACGGCGUAUGAGGACUGGUUUAUCACCCUAUACAAUGUGCUGUACUCCAGUUUGCCUGUACUCCUCAUGGGGCUGCUUGACCAGGAUGUGAGUGACAAACUGAGCCUCCGGUUCCCCGGGUUGUAUGUAGUGGGACAGAGGGACUUGCUGUUCAACUACAAGAAAUUCUUUGUCAGUUUGCUGCAUGGCGUCUUAACAUCCAUGGUCCUCUUCUUCAUACCACUUGGUGCUUACCUACAAACAGUGGGACAGGAUGGAGAGGCACCUUCAGACUACCAGUCCUUUGCUGUCACAGUGGCCUCAGCUCUAGUAAUAACGGUCAAUUUUCAGAUUGGCUUGGAUACUUCCUACUGGACCUUUGUGAAUGCUUUUUCAAUUUUUGGAAGCAUCGCCCUGUACUUUGGCAUCAUGUUUGACUUCCAUAGCGCGGGAAUACAUGUGCUCUUUCCAUCUGCAUUUCAGUUCACAGGUACUGCUUCCAAUGCCCUGAGACAGCCAUAUAUUUGGUUGACCAUCAUCCUGACUGUUGCAGUAUGCUUAUUGCCUGUUGUUGCCAUCCGUUUCUUGUCAAUGACCAUUUGGCCAUCAGAAAGUGAUAAGAUCCAGAAGCAUCGGAAGCGAUUGAAAGCUGAAGAGCAGUGGAAACGGCCGCAGAACGUGUUCCGGAGGGGAGCAUCUUCCAGGCGCUCAGCCUAUGCCUUCUCGCACCAGAGGGGCUACGCGGACCUCAUCUCCUCAGGCCGCAGCAUCCGCAAGAAGCGCUCGCCCCUGGAUGCCAUCAUCGCAGAAGGCACCGCUGAGUACAGACGUACAGUGGAGAGCUGAAGGCUGGGGAAAUGUCUUUUUUUUUU